AUGGACAAAGUCAAGACAACCCAGGAGACCAAAGAGAAGCCGGAGGCUCAACCCAUGAGCGUCGAGGAGUAUCAGAAGAAAUGGGACCAGAUGCUCCAAGAAACAGGGAGACAGAUCGACAAGAUCCGAGAGAAUGAGCAGGCGGGAAGGUCAAAUCAAACCUCGCAGCGUUGA